AAAGCGUGCAGUUGAUCAAUAAGAAGGGCUCGAGUAAUUUGCGCACGAGUGCAUGCUAUGCCAAAAUACGCAUAAAAAUCCAAAAUAAAAAUUAAUUUUUUAGUUAUGUAAAGUGCAAGUGACCAACUCUCAUUGCAGAGUUUCAUUUAUGAUCAAAGUGAGCCACAAAAAUACUUGAGUAUCCCGGAAUUAUAAAGUUCGGUGCGGGGGUCGCGAUUCUCAAUCUCAUCGUGUGGGACAUUUUAUUCUUCUAUUUUUAAAACUCGAAAUCAAAAAUUCUAGGAGCUAUGAAACUCGAUAGAAAAAUCUUGAAUGUGAUACUUCUAAGUUGGGGAUAUGCUGUCGCUUUUUCUAUUCAAACAUGGUUCCACCAAGUUUCCGAUAGCAACGACACAUGGGAGGGUGAAAAAAGGCGAAUCAUCUUCGACAUAGCAUUUAUAAUUUGCAUCAUAAUUGCUCCAUCUUACGUGACCUUAUCAGGAACAAGUGUCUCAAUUCUGACCAGCUACAUUUGCCAUGUCUUCUACAUCAGCUCCGUCGUCGGUCCACUCAGGUGUAAUCAAAAACUGAAUUAUUCAGGCUCUGCAGCUCUUGGCCUUGGAGCGGCCUUGGCCAUUGUCGCUCAAGGUCGAUGUCUCACAGAAAACAGCACUUCUCGUACAAUUCAUCGUCAUGCCUGGAUUUUUUGGCUUUCUUAUCAAAUCUUCCUCCUUAGUCGAAACAUCCUGGCAAGCAAACCUCUGCUGAUGGGCAUCUACGAAAUACUAGGUCUGACAAUAAUACAACCAAUUACAGUGAAUUUUGCGCUUAUUGUCAUUGUCAGUAUCACCAGCGGACUGGCACUUCGGGAACCUUCAAGGGAAUAUUCCUCUGGAGGAUUGGAGUGCAUUCCAAAUGGAAAGGUCAUUGAACCUCAAGAACCUUCUGUGGGACCAUUUUUCACUGCUUGGAAACCUUUGAAGGAUUUUUUUGCACUUAUUGUCAGUUCAAAAAUGCUACUGCUCUCAAUUAUGUUGGGCUAUGCUGGACUGAUGAAGGCUUUUCAGUUUGACAGAUAUAUUGAUCUGGAGACUGAUGAGAAGGCGGAUUUCUAUACGGUUCCGAUUGGGGAAAUUUUUGGGGCCUUAUUUUCUGCCUUCUGGUUUUGUAACAAGAAUGGAGAUUCUGCGAUGAUCGUCUUCAUCGGACUGGUGAUGCUGGCUACUUCAUAUUCUUUCAGUACCAUCAACGUUUUGCAUAAAGAGGAUAGUUUUUGGAGAAAUCCGGAGGAAUUGUCACAAGGAAAACUAAAUUACUACAGGGCCAUGACAUUGCUGGAAAGAUUUUCAUUCGGAUUUGGAGAUGCCUGUUUCCACACUCAAAUUUAUUCUCUCCUCGGAGCCCUUUUUUCAAAAAAUUCUGCACCAGCUUUUGCCCUUGCUGGUUUAUAUUAUUGGGUGGGCUACUCGUGUGGGUACAAUUAUGUCACGAAAUGGCAACUUCAUUCGCAGGUAAAAUUCUUCCUUGCAACGGGAAUACUGGCGGCAAUAUCUGUUGCCCUCGUUGAAAUUCUCUACGCAAACAGAGGGUCUGAUCAUGAGACUGAAAAUGAAUUUCUGAAGUCGAAGGAAACUUCUGGAAAAUUUUCCAAAGAAAUCCCACCGGAAAUCAAAAUGUUGUAUGCUGGAUUCAACAAUAAGGAAAAACUAGAGGAAAUACCUCGGGAUAUACCGAUUUCUGUUGAUGUUCCAGAAGUAGAGAUACUAGAGAUCCUCAGUGAAAAAUAAUGAGAAAAAUUUUUAUUUCAAUUUGAGAGAAGUGAAUCCUUUUGAAUUUUAUCGAAGGGUUCAAAAGGUAUUUUUGAAGAAACUCAGUCUUCAACUAUUUCUGAUUUUUCUGAAAUCAGAAUUUUUGAUACUCGAAAAACAUCAGGAAAAAUCGUUAGAUUUUGAAGAAAAUGUCGCUUAAAUUCGAAGUUAGAAUAAAGUUGUAUAAACUAAAUGAAAUUUUAUAAAAUAGAAAUGGCGUUUAUAUCUUUUUUUUUUAAUAAUUUGCGGUAAUUUGUCCAAAUAGACUGAAGAUUUUGACAAAUUUGACUGAUAAAAAUAUUUUUGACCUAAAAAAAGAAAAUUGUAAUUCUUGGAACCUGUCUCUAUUUAUAAAAAGUAGACAGUAUCUGAUACGUAUUAUCAUGUUAUUUAUAAGGAAAGUAUGCUCUCUUGACUGAAAUACGCAUGAAUGGCAACAAUUUUCAGUGAACAAGUUUUACCAAUUUUUUAAAAAAGGAAUUCAAAGUUCAGGAGUUUUAUAAAGUUACUGCGUCUUCCUCGAAGCACAAAAAUAAUCACAAUUUUGAUUAAAAUUGAGGAAUUAUUUAAAUUGAAAUCAAGAAUAUUUUAGUAAAAAGUUUAUAAGAGAGUAAAGUUAUUGAAAUAACCUUGUUUAAUACCUCAAUCUCAUUUUUACAUUACUUUUCAAAAUACAAUGAAAAUAAGUUUUGAACUGAAAACUUUUUAAUAAAAGGCCAAAAUGACAUAAAUAUAGUUUAAAAAGCCUGCGUCUAAAAUUUUUUUAUAUUAUCUUACAAUUAGUAAUUUAAUUAUCUUGUACGUGUACAAAAACCAAGUCUGAGGUAACAUACUCAAAAGUUCAUUAGCUUUGUAUCUUACUUUACAACAAGGCUUAAGUGAACAUAUUUUUAUAAAUGAGGAUAUGUGUGUUUAUUUGUGUGGCUGUGAAUGAAUAUUUUAUAAAAUGGUUUUGUUAAAAGGAGUAUUACAAUUUAGAAUUUUUGUAAGCAAUACUUUUGUCUUCAAUGAGCGAAGAAAAAUAUCAUUUUAAAACAUUUUUUUUCUAUAGAAAUAAUGUUACGGCUUAAAAAAGUAUAUAAAUGGUAAUUGUGUAAUUUUGCCUAUAAAAUAUAUGACUGGAAUUUUAUUGUACACUUUAGUGUCAAUUUGUGAUAUACAAACAUAUAUACAAACAUAUGCAUACAAACAUAUUAAAACAAUUUAUGAUCUUGUAGAAUAAUGUAUGGGUAUUAUUAUUAAUGCAUUUAGGAAAUAGUGACUAUUUGUAUACAAAAUAAUUCAAAAAUCAAU